AUGAGCAUAAAUACAUCUAUGAGUAAUAAUAGUUUACAUCAAGCACUUGCAUCAUCGGCAAUAAUAAAUAGUGGAACAACUAGUAGUAAUAGUAAUUCAUCUGGUAACUCUGUCAUCAAUAGCUCUGCAUUGUUGUUCUCUUCUGGUUUAUCUGCAAUGAGCUCACCAAAUAACUCUAUUGUACCUUCUUCAUCAACUACCUCUUCCAACACUUCACAGAACAACAGUAACAACUCUACAAUAAGCAAUACCAACAAUGUUUCAAACAACAAUACAAAUAGUAACAGUAACACCACUGCUACCGGUGAAGAUAUAACUAUAACAAUAUAUCCUAUCGGUAUUAAAACCUAUGGAUGUUUACCUCCUUUUUUAAUGAGAAAACAUACUUUAUUCAAAAGAUUAUUUGUACAUGUUUCAAAUAGAUUUUGUAUUGAUGAGAAUGAAUUAUUGUUUUUCUUUCAAGAUAAACUGCUACCUGAACAAUGCCCAAGCGAUAUAGGAUUGGGCAAUGGCGAUAUCAUUGUAGUUCGAAGAGUACCACCAAAACCAAAAAUAGCGAAUGAAAGUAAACAAGCAUCGUCACUUGUCUUGGAGAUUGGAUCUCUCUAUGAUAAUCCUAGUUUCAGUGAUAUCUCUUUUAUUUUGGAUGAUGGUUCAACACUCUAUGCACAUAAAAACAUACUAUCAGCAAGAUGUGAUAAAUUUAAAGCAAUGUUCCAAGGAUCAAUGAGAGAGAGCACUGAAAAUGAAAUUAAAGUAAAUGAACACAGCUCUAUUGUAUUCAAAAAAAUGGUUGAAUAUCUUUACACCGAUACUCUGGCCGAAGAAGGUGGAAUAGAUAUGGUUUUAAAGUUAAUCGUCAUCGCCGAUGAAUAUCUUUUGCAUUCAUUAAAGAAUUUAUGUGAACAAAAACUUAUUACUGAAAUUAAUAUUGGCAAUGCUCCUUUACUUUUUUCACACUCUGAUACAUACAGUUGCGCAUUACUAAAGAAACACUGUCUAAGUUUUAUUCUAACAUCUAUUAAAAAACUGGCUGCAUCCGAAGAGUUUGAUAGAGCGCUAUUUCAAUUCCCUAAUCUUCUUUUAGAGAUCAUCAAAGAAAUGGCACCAUCAUUUGACAAUACACCUAACAACACCAAAAGACGUAAGGAUUUUGAAAUCUAA